ACCUCCCAAAAGUCCAAUUAACGGGCUUGCUAUUGUUAUAUAAAUAGAUUAAUUAAAGAAAAGAAAUAGGUGGGGCCUUAUUUUGUUUUUAUUAUCAAGAAAAUAUAAUAUUACAGAUUGAAUAGAACACGGAAUCAAUUAAGCUUAUUGGAAAGCUUCCAAUGGGACUUUAAAUACGUCACCGAGUCUUUUUGUUCGGUUACUACAAACUCCAAAACUCAACAUUUGUUUCUUCCUCCUCCUCCUCAUCAAUCAAGAUCCCUGCGAGUAUGGGGUGUUGGCUGAGCGGCGGCGUUUGGGCAAUCAUGACGAUGGCCAUCAUUUCUUUUGUUCAUGCUGAAGAUCCCUACCGUUUUUUCGACUGGAGGGUCACUUACGGCAACAUUUCUCCACUUGGCAUUCCUCAAAGGGGAAUCCUAAUUAAUGGACAAUUUCCUGGUCCAGAGAUUUACUCAGUCACCAAUGACAAUUUGAUCAUCAAUGUUCACAACGAUCUCGACGAGCCCUUUCUCUUGUCUUGGAACGGAGUACAACUGAGGAAGAAUUCGUACCAAGAUGGAGUGUAUGGGACGACUUGUCCCAUCCCACCGGGAAAGAAUUACACUUAUGCCAUCCAAGUGAAAGACCAGAUCGGUAGUUUCUUCUACUUCCCUUCCCUCGCCCUUCACAAAGCCGCCGGUGGUUUUGGUGGCAUCCGUAUCCUCAGCCGCCCUCGUAUCCCCGUCCCUUUCCCUGAACCCGCCGGAGAUUUCACCUUCCUCAUCGGCGAUUGGUACACUCGUCAUGACCACAAGGCUCUCAAGGCACUUUUAGAUAGAGGACACCGGCUACCUUUGCCUGAUGAAGUUUUGAUCAACGGCCAAGGGGUCAGCUUUAUCUCUUCUCUCACCGUCCACAGAGGUAAAACGUACCGAUUCAGAAUAUCGAAUGUGGGGCUACAACACUCGUUGAAUUUCAAAGUAGUGGGCCAUCAGAUGAAGCUCGUUGAGGUGGAGGGAACCCACACGAUCCAGUCCAUGUAUACCUCUCUCGACAUUCACGUUGGUCAGUCUUGCUCUGUCCUAGUUACCAUGGACCAACCUGCGAAAAACUACUCGAUCGUCGUCGCUACGAGAUUCGCCGCCACGAAACACCUGGUGUCAGCCACUCUCCACUACUCCAACUCCAGAGAAGGCCUCUCCUCUGCUCCUAUCUCUGCUGGACAGCCUGCCGAUGAACUAGACUGGUCUAUCAAACAAGCCCGGUCCAUCAGGACCAACCUGACUGCGUCUGGCCCAAGGCCCAACCCACAGGGCUCGUACCAUUAUGGUCAAAUCAAGAUCUCUAGGACUUUAAUACUAGAAAGCUCAGCGAGCCUCGUAAAGAGGAAGCAACGCUACGCUAUAAACGGUGUGUCCUUCGUGAAUGCGGACACUCCACUGAAACUGGCGGAUUAUUUUAAGAUCGGAGGUGUUUUCAAAGUGGGAAGUAUCCCUGACAAACCCAAAAGGGGAGGGAUGACGCUGGACACGGCAGUGAUGGGAGCAGAGCACAGGGCCUUUCUUGAGAUUGUCUUUCAAAAUCGCGAGAAAAUCGUCCAGAGCUACCACCUCGAUGGAUACAGUUUCUGGGUUGUCGGGAUGGAUAGAGGAACAUGGUCUCAUGCAAGCAGACGAGAGUAUAACCUUAGAGAUGCUGUUUCUCGCUCCACUACUCAGGUCUAUCCAGAAUCUUGGACAGCAGUAUAUGUAGCGUUGGACAAUGUGGGGAUGUGGAAUCUACGAAGCGAGUUCUGGGCGAGACAAUACUUAGGUCAACAGUUCUACCUCCGAGUUUAUUCUCCGGUUCACUCUCUCAGGGAUGAAUAUCUUUUGCCCAAUAAUGCUUUGUUAUGUGGUCGAGCCUCCAACAGUCAUAGGCCCACCAUCACUCCAUAGAUCCUAUUGCCUCGACUCAUGAAUAACUUUGGAGGUGGAAAAUAAAAGACGAGAUAUUCCCUUAACUACACAUCUUAUACACAAUAUAGCUCCAAAGUAACUCCAUUCUUUGUACUACUUAAUUAUAAAAAUGAUCGAAGUAAUUAACAUUUGUAAUUUGGAAUCUUUAUUCUUUCUUUCUUUUUAUGUAGGCAAUGAAGUUAAUUAUUUGUGGUUAUGAAACGUUAAUUUUUUAUUCUGUUUUGGAUUUUACAAGUAAUUACGAGGUGGUCGUAAUUUAAAGAGUUAAGAGCAUGUCCAUUAGAGUAUUUAGAAGGGUUUUAAGAUGGAAUUUUAAGUUUAAAAUGAUUAAAAGAAAUGAUUUAAAUGUUAC